CGUUUUUCUAACACAUACAAUAGAAUCUAAGACUCUUCAUUUUACCAUGGCCCCUCGUCGACAAGCUGCACCAGAAGGAAGCAUGCCUCCUCCCAGCCGAGCAUCAAGUCCAGGUUGUGAAGAAAUCGAAGAGUCGCCAUUCUUUGAUAAUGUGGAUGAAUUACAGCAACACGGCAUAAACGUACAAGAUAUCUUAAAACUCAAGAGUGCCUCCAUCAAUACUGUGUCUGGUGUUGUGAUGACUACGCGUCGUCACCUACUGAAAAUAAAGGGUAUGUCGGAAGCGAAGGUCGAGAAAAUUAAGGAGGCAGCACAGAAAAUCACGGGAUCUUCCUUUGCAACUGGUAUUGAAGUCCAGGAUCGAAGGAAGCGCGUGCUUAUUAUCAGUACUGGAAGCAAGUCAGUAGACACAAUCUUAGGUGGCGGGCUAAUGUCUCAAUCAAUUUCCGAAGUCUACGGUGAAUUCCGCACUGGAAAGACACAACUGGCCCACACAAUGUCCGUCGUCACUCAGCUCCCUCCGGAGAUGGGUGGGGCUUCUGGCAAGGUCGCAUAUAUCGAUACUGAAGGGACAUUCAGACCAGACCGCAUCAGGUCCAUCGCUGACCGGUUUGGCGUGGACGGGAAUAUGGCGCUCGAGAACAUCCUUUAUGCGCGUGCCUUCAACAGUGAACAUCAGAUGGAGCUUAUCAGCGAAUGUUCCAUGCGCUUUGCGGAGGACAAGGACUUCCGUCUUUUGAUCGUGGACUCCAUCAUGGCUCUCUUUCGCGUCGAUUUUUCUGGUCGUGGUGAACUGAGCGAGAGGCAACAGAAGGUAGGCCUUUGAGCUGGGUCGUCGGAUGCUAAGCCUUACUGCAGUUUAGCUAGCACAAGUGGGCACAAUGUCUCCUCAUCAUAUUUGCUGACGCGAUGCAUUCGCAUUAGGUGAUGUCGAAGCUCACUAAGCUUUCUGAA